AUGGAGGGCAAUAAGUCUGCUGGUGCCCUGAGAAGACUCCCCUGCCACCUUUCAGCCACAUCCAUGAGCUCACCAGGGAGUUGUAGCCGAUUGUCCUUGGGAGAACCUUUCCGUGUCUCUUUCCACCUAGACAGUGCUUACUGGGACCAGGCCUACUACAGGGGCUGCUCAGGAAGAUUCUCCUGCUUCCCUCUGCCCGGCCGGCUCGGAGUGUUAGACUGUGCCUUCGAACCACCCUUCAUCCAGAAACGGAAUGAGCGGGAGAGGCAGCGGGUGCGCUGCGUGAAUGAGGGGUACGCUCGCCUCCGGGCCCACCUGCCCCGGGAGCUGGUGGAGAAGCGGCUCAGCAAAGUGGAGACCCUCCGGGCGGCCAUCACCUACAUUAAACAUCUCCAGGAUCUCCUCGACUGUCAUUCCGUAGGUGCAUGCAGUAAGGCCAAAGAGAGCCCAGCCUCGUCCGGCGCUGACCCGAGGCCAGAGUGCAACAGUGAUGGAGAAUCCAAGGCCUCUUCAGCCCCAUCUCCAUACAGCGAGUGUGAGGACGUUUGCAGCUAG